AUGAAUUCUGUGCCGAAAAGAGGAAGACCGCGUGGAUCGAAGAAAAAGCUUGAAGAUAAUUUGAAGAAAUUGAGAGAUGAGAGAAGUAAAGAUGAAGGAUUUUCAAUAAUGAGUGGAUGGCUUCCUGAUUGUAAAUGUUUGAAAAAUUGCGAAAAUUUGAAAAAGAUCACGGAUAUCAGAAUGGAACUCAAUAACACCGAAGAAACCCUGGAAAUGCUUAUAAAUUGUUGGUCAACGUUAAUUGAAGAUAAAAAUAAGGAAUUAUUAAAACGAGAAUUGGGAAAAUGCGGAGAUCCAGAAUCAUUUUUCCAAAAAUCCUUCGAAAAAAUCUUGGAAACCAAGAAGAAAUUAGAUGCUUUUAAUGUGCAUUCGAUUCCAUCAAGAAUCAAAAAUUCCACGAAAAAAUCCGAAUUGUUUUUCGAGAUAAUGCUGAACACUCCGGCGAUUUUUAGAUUUUCCGAAUUUUUGGAAACUGCGAAACCAGAGUGGGUUGAAGAUAUGGUGGAGACAAGGAAAUUGUUGGAUGAUGAAACUAUUUUUCGAUCAGUUCGCACUGGAAAGGAUACGAUUUAUAUUAAAGAAACGGUGAGGGUAUAAUCGAAAUAUCAAAUUUAUUUAUUUUUUAGUUUUCCACGUUAUAACUUUUUUGAAGUUACAAAACGUGACACAUUUUUAAGCAAUUCGGGAAAAAUUAAAACACAAAUGUAUAAUCUGUAAAAAAUCCUUUAUAUAAAAUUUUUGUAGUAAUAAAUGUUAUGAAAUGCUCUACAUUUCCCUAUCAAAAAAACAUAUGAAAGAUUUCGCAACAUUCUUCCGAACUUAUUGUUUUUGCAGCGUUUCCCAAUUCUCCGAACUUUCCUUCAACAUCGCUACAAUUUUGAUGUCAACGAAUACAUCAAAUCAAUCUGUCUCGACUUAACCAAACUUCCUCAACUCCUUCUAAAAUUUGCUAGCGAAGCUUUGUUAUUCUCCAGAUUUCCGGAUGCAAAAGAUUGUUUGGUGAAUUAUUGGAUUUUUGCAAUUCUAACUUACCCGGAAGACGAGUUAAAUAUGAGUCAAUUUCCGAAAAUAUUCACAGAUUCGAUAACUUUGGCUAUCAAUGAAUUGGAACAUGAAGAAUUAAUUGAAUUCAAAGAAGACUCUUUUGAUGUUAUUCAUAUUUUGAAAAAACGAAUGAAAAUUCUAGAUAAAUAUGGAUUUCUAAUUAAUGUUGUAUAA